AUGGUAUGCGGAGCCUGUAACAAGUCCAUGAAUGGGAAGGCGGGUGCUCAAACAGAUAUUCUAUCAUGCUCCAAAUGCCCCAAAAAAUACCAUAACCUAUGUGUUAAACUGUCCAGAGAAGACCACAAACAAAUUCGGAAAAACGAGUACGCCUGUCCCAACUGUAAAUUACUUACAAAAACUAUACGGAAUGAUGAAACACCGGUCGCUACUCAGAUCGAAAUCGAGUCAUCGGAGCCAGGCUGUGACCAAGGUACGAACUCUGAUGCCGCAGUUUUAGGCUUUUUGAGCGCGGCUCAAGGCCUGGCGGCCUCUACAGUACCCGCAGACAUCAUGACUGCCUUCACCUCGGCUCUGCGACAGAUGCAAGAAGUUUUCAAUGGUAUGAAGCGUGAGAUGACUGAGUUCACUGCCUCCCUAAACUACACAUCCGAGGACAUAGUACAAUUCCGUCAAGAACUAACUGAAAUGAAGGGACAACUUAAAGAACUUGACUUUUACAAAAGUGAGGUCAAGACACUUCGGGCUGAGGUUUUGGAGCUGCGACAAGUACUAGCGGACAAAGAGCAGCGGCACUUCCUGAAGGACGUGGAGAUCACCGGCCUCACCGAGUCAAACGGCGAGAACCUCACUCAGGUGGUGAACGUCCUGAGCAACAAGCUCGGAGUGCAGCUGGACCCGCGCGACGUGGAUGACAUGUCAGUUCGAUUACACGAACAUAGCACAAAACCGAUCCAGUUGCAAAGGGGCGUGAGACAGGGAGAUGUUAUUUCUCCGAAACUGUUCACCUGUGCACUGGAAGAUGUUUUUAAGCUUGUAGAGUGGAAAAGACUGGGCAUUAACGUCAAUGGCGAAUAUAUCUCUCAUCUACGAUUUGCUGAUGACAUAGUUAUUAUGGCGGAAACGCUGGAGGAGUUGGGCGAAAUGCUCACAGACCUCAAUGAUGCCUCUAAACAAGUUGGGCUGAAAAUGAACAUGGACAAGACAAAGGUCAUGUCGAACGAACAUGUUUCAUCAUCGCCCGUAACUGUAGGAGGUGUCACCAUCGAAGUUGUUGAUCAGUAUCCCUACCUAGGACAAGUGAUCCGAUUAGGUAAAUCCAACUUCGAUAAAGAGGUAGCUCGUAGAAUCCAACUCGGAUGGGUAGCGUUCGGGAAAUUACGACACAUCUUCACUGAAAACAUACCUCAGUGUCUGAAAACAAAAGUUUUCAAUCAGUGCGUGUUGCCAGUGAUGACUUACGGAGCCGAGACGUGGUGCUUCACCAAAGGGCUUAUCCACAAGCUCAGAGUUGCUCAGCGUGCUAUGGAAAGGGCUAUGUUAGGCGUGUCCCUGCGAGAUAGGAUUCGUAAUGAAGAAAUCCGCAGGAGAACUAAAGUUACCGACAUAGCCAAAAGGAUUAGCACGCUGAAAUGGCAAUGGGCUGGCCACGUAGCCCGCAGAGCCGACGACCGCUGGAGUAGAAAGGUUCUGGAGUGGAGACCCCGUGUCGGCAAACGGCGUGUCGGUCGCCCCCCAACCCGUUGGUCUGAUGAUCUGCGGAAGGUAGCGGGAAGCCGCUGGAUGCAGAUGGCGGGUGACCGUUUGGGGUGGCGAUCGUUAGGAGAGGCCUAUGUCCAACAGUGGACUACGGAAGGCUGA